UAAUCCAUGUACAUCGUUGCUACCCAUCUUCCCGUGGUCGUGCAUUGUGGCUCGCCAUGUCGGUUGCUGUGGCCCUCCAAUCCUAGACAUCGUUUCCCUGCCAUCCCGAUCCCCCUAACAGCACCCAUCAGAGCAUCAAGCCAGAGCAACCAAAAUGAGCGACAAGCCCGAAUCCGGAGACUCCAACAUUGAGAUGUGGAAGAUCAAGAGGCUCAUCAAGGGCCUCGAGGCUGCCCGUGGCAACGGAACCUCCAUGAUCUCCUUGAUCAUUCCCCCCAAGGAUCAGAUCUCGCGAGUUGUCAGAAUGCUGGCAGAUGAAUAUGGAACAGCCUCCAACAUCAAGUCGCGUGUCAACCGUCUCUCCGUGCUGGGCGCCAUCACCUCAACACAGCAGCGUCUGAAGCUCUACACCAAGGUGCCCCCCAACGGUCUGGUCAUCUACUGUGGCACGAUCAUCACCGAGGAGGGAAAGGAGAAAAAGGUCAACAUUGAUCUGGAGCCCUUCAAGCCCAUCAACACCUCGCUCUACAUGUGCGACAACAAAUUCCAUACCCAGGCCCUGGCCGAACUGCUCGAGUCCGACUCCAAAUUCGGCUUCAUCGUCAUGGAUGGUAACGGCACUCUCUUUGGCACCCUGGCCGGCAACACCCGCGAGAUUCUGCACAAGCUGACCGUCGACCUGCCCAAGAAGCACGGCCGCGGUGGUCAGUCCGCCCUGCGUUUCGCCCGUCUGCGUGAGGAAAAGCGCCACAACUACGUCCGCAAGAUUGCCGAGCUUGCUGUCCAGUUCUACAUCACCAACGACAAGGUCAACGUCACCGGCCUGGUCCUUGCUGGUUCGGCCGACUUCAAGACCGAGCUCUCGCAGUCCGACAUGUUUGACCAGCGCCUGCAGGCCAAGAUCGUCAAGGUUGUCGACGUCUCCUACGGCGGUGAGAACGGAUUCAACCAGGCGAUCGAGCUGUCGACCGAGGUGCUCCAGAACGUCAAGUUCAUCCAGGAGAAGAAGCUGAUCCAGCGGUACUUUGACGAGAUCUCCCAGGAGACCGGAAAAUACUGCUUUGGUGUCGUCGACACCCUCGAGGGCCUCUCGCAAGGCGCCGUCGAGACCCUCAUCAUCUGGGAGAACCUGGACAUUCAGCGGUACACCCUCAAGAACCCUGCUACCGGCGACGUCACGGUCUUGAACCUCACCAAGGAGCAGGAGAAGCAGAGAAGCUACUUUACCGACUCGGCAAACAAUGUCGAUCUGGAAAUCGUCGAGAAGAUCACGCUCCUCGAAUGGCUGGCGGAAAAGUACAAGGACUUUGGUGCCUCGCUCGAGUUUGUCACCAACCGAUCCCAGGAAGGAUCGCAGUUCGUCAAGGGCUUCGGUGGCAUCGGCGGUCUGCUGCGAUACAAGGUCGAUUUUGCCGCCCAGCAGCUCGACUCGGAUGACGAGUACUACAGUGACUUCUAAGUUUCCCCUUCCCCUUCCACCCCCCCCCACCGUUUCCUGGAUGUGCAUCAUGCCUCUUUUGCCAGCACAAAAGACAUGGGUUCAUACAUCUUGUAUAUUGCCUCGUCCAUGCUGUCCGACCCAGAGGCGCUGUUUCUGAAUGACAACAUGGAAUGCCUUGAACCU